CGAAGAAGAAUGGCCAGCAGACGUGUUCAUUCAGUGGAUGACCUUUGCUGUCCAAUUUGUGGGCUCAUUCUCAAACAGCCAGUCAUUCUCACAUGUAGACACAGAUUCUGUAAAGCCUGUCUAAAAGUCAACUGGGAGACACAAGGUGGUGAGGGUUCACACUACUGUCCUCUGUGCUGGUGUAAUUCCUCCAUGGAUCAAAUAGUGGUGAGCAGUGUGCUGGAGAAGGCCUGUGAAUCUUUUAAGAAAGACAGAAGCAAAGAUGACCCGGGGGCUUGUAAUGAGCAUGGAGAAGACCUCACAUUGUUCUGUUUGGAGGACUUGGAGCCAAUCUGUGAAGUGUGUGGGAAAGAGGCUGCACACAAGGGGCACAGGCUCUAUCCCCUUGGGGAAGGUGCUCAUGACUGUAAGGCAGAACUAAAGAAUGCACUGCAGCCUUUGAAAGACAAAUUGCAGCUGUACAAGAAGGCGAGAAUGGUCUGUGAAGAAAUGGCAGAGCAUGUCAAGAACCAAGCUGAACAUACCGAAACACAGAUCAAAGAGGAAUUUGAAGCCCUUCACAAUUUUCUGAAGGAGCAGGAGGCUGCCAGACUUUCUGAUUUAAAGGAUGAGGAGGAUCAGAAGAAUCUCAUGAUAAACCAGAAGAUGGAGGACAUCAACAAUGAAAUGGCAUCUCUCUCCAACACCAUCAGAUUAGUGGAACAGGAGAUGCAAUCUCACGAUAUCCCAUUUCUUAAGAAUUACAAAGAAACAAUAAGGAGAACCUGGCAACGUCCCCUUAAUCCACAAAUGAUUUCUGGUGCUCUGAUUGACGUGGCCAAGCAUUUAGGCUCUCUGAAAUACAAAGUGUGGGAGAAGAUGAAGAGUAUAAUUAGAUAUGCUCCAGUGAUUCUGGAUCCCAACACGGCAGCCAGCUGCUUCAUCUUGUCUGAGGAUCUCACAGUGGUGCAGAACUCUACCCAGAUUUUCAAGGUGCCUGACAACCCAGAACGCUUUGAUGUCAGUGCUGAGAUGCUGGCUUCAGAGAGCUAUUCCUCUGGACGCCACAGCUGGGAUGUGGAAGUGAAGGACAACAACUACUGGGUGGUGGGAGUAGCCAGUGAGUCCAUCAACAGGAAGGGCAAGCACGUGCUGACACCAGCAGAGGGAUUCUGGACUAUAAGAUUUCGCAAUGGAGAACACAAGGCCUGCACCGCACCAUGGGAGCCGCUGACCAUGACUAAGAAGCCGGAUGUGAUAAGAGUGGUUUUAGACAUGGACCGAGGCAAGGUGACGUUUUAUGACCCUAGAGAGAGAACGCCUCUCUACACUUUCAAUGAGGUCAUCGUACCCACAGCCUUUCCCUACUUUUGCACUGCUUGCAAAGAGCAUCCACUGAAAAUCCUACCCAAUAGGAUAUUGUUGUCAACAGACUAAUUCACCU